AUGCCGCAGGCCUGGGUUGAGGCGCGCAAGGCGUCGGACUUUUCGAAGUUUGCGCCGUUUCUGCAGCAGUGGGUGGACGUGCGGCGCGAGGCGGCAGCCCUGAUUGACCCCUCCAAGGACCCCUAUGAUGUCCUGCUGGAUGAUUAUGAGAAGGGCAUGACGGCGGCGCGGCUGGAUGAGAUUUUUGAGGAGGUGCGUGGCGGCCUGGUGCCCCUCAUCGCGGACCUGAAGAGCAACGGCCAGGCGCCUGAUGACAAUUGGCUCGCGGGUGACUACGACACCAAGGAUCAGGCCGCCCUCUGCCAAGAGAUCGCACUUGACAUGGGCUUUGACCUGGACAACGGCCGGCUCGACGUGUCGGUGCACCCCUUCACCGGCGGCGCCCACCCUACCGACGUGCGCAUGACCACGCGCUUCAAGACGCAUGACCUCACAGAGGGCCUCACGGGCGCCGUGCACGAGACCGGCCAUGCGCUGUACGAGCAGGGCCGCAACCUGUCCUCCGAGUGGCGGGACCUGCCGGUCAACUCGGCCCUGAGCAUGGGCAUCCAUGAGAGCCAGAGCCUCUUCUGGGAGCGCAUGGUGGCCCUGGGGCUGCCCUUCUGCAAGUACAUGACCGCCGGCAAGAUCCGCAAGCACUUCCCGGCGUUCCCGGAGCGCCCCGCGUCGGACCUGUACGCGGCCAUCAACGUUAUCAAGGACCCCUCGUUCAUCCGCGUAGAGGCUGACGAGGUGACGUACGGCAUGCACAUCGUGCUGCGGUACGAGAUGGAGCGCGCCCUCAUCAGCGGGGAGCUCAAGGUCGAGGACGUGCCGCGGGUGUGGAACGAGAAGAUGCAGCAGUACCUGGGGGUCACCCCGGAGAACGACGCCCAGGGCUGCCUGCAGGACGUCCACUGGAGCGCCGGACUGUUUGGCUACUUCCCUACCUACCUUCUGGGAGCCAUGUACGCGACUCAGAUCUACCGCCACGCGGCCGGCCAGAUCCCAGAUCUGGAGGCCAAGAUCGAGGCGGGGGAGUUCAAGCCGCUGCGGGAGUGGCUGAACAAGAACAUCCACGAGCGGGGCUCCCUGGACGCGAGCGGGGACGACCUCAUGACUGCAGUCACGGGGGCGCCCCUCACGCCCUCCGUCUUCCUGGGACACCUCAAGUCCAAGUACUCCGGCCUGUACAAGCUGUGA